CUGGGAGAGAGGUGGAUAGAGAGGCGAGUGAUAGACUGGCACUGUCUGUACUGCAUUGCAUUGGCACUGGCUUGGAAAGCAAAUAGAACAGAAAAAAGAGGAAGAGAGAAAUAGUUUGUCUGGUGAUCCUGGAACAACUGCAACACUGCACUGAAGGAGGAGGGAGGGCAAGUGGGAGGAGAGAAAGAGAAUGAGGGAGAGAAAGGAAAGACAGAAAUAGUCACACACAGAAGCGCAAAACAGACUGUCAAGGAAUAUCUGUCAAGGAAUAAUUUUCCUUCCCGUUGACUCACUCUAUAAUCUUCCUCCUCCAGCAUGCCUUUGUACUUCCUCCUCUCCUUCUCUUUUUUUAUCUCAACUUGAACUAUUCAUGCAUUACAUUUUGAAUGCAUCUUUCUCCUCUCCCUGACUCUCUSUCACUGUCUCUCUUUCUCCAUCUCUCUCUCUCCCUGUCUUCCUCCUCCGUCCCUUCUACUUACCACCUGUUAGUCUUGAUUCUCUCUUCACCGGAAUUUCCAGUUUUUUGGGGGGGAGUUUCACACUCACGCUAUUACUAAGCCCUAUGACUGUGCGAAAGGGAAACAAGCGCCUGACCAUCUCCAUCCAGGAACACAUGGCCAUUGACGUCUGUCCCGGGCCAAUCCGCCCCAUACGACAGAUCUCUGCCUACUUUCCCCGCCUCUCGCCCACUUCCUCCGUCUCUGAGUUGAAUCCAGCCAAUCCAUCUGGGUUUCCCGCCACGCUCAGCCCCAGCAGCGGAGGAGGGGCAGUAGGUGGAGGAGGAGGGGGCAGCGGUGGCCUGUUGUCCCCACUGUUGGCGGGGGCAACAGGAGACGGCGGAGGGGGCACGUUGUCGGCCAUGAGUAGCAUGGACACAUCAAUCGAGAUUGACAGCUGUGACAGCGAUGACAGCACCGCCUUGGGGACAUUGGAGUUUGACCUGCUUUAUGAGCGAGCCACCAGCUCCUUACACUGCACCGUAAUCAAAGCCAAGGGUCUGAAGCCAAUGGAUUUCAAUGGCCUGGCCGAUCCUUACGUCAAGCUGCACCUGCUCCCAGGCGCCUGCAAGGCGAACAAACUGAAGACCAAGAUCGUGCACAACACCCUGAACCCUGUGUGGAAUGAAAGACUCACCUACCUGGGCAUCACAGAGGAGGACAUGUACAGAAAGACACUCAGGGUGUCUGUGUGUGACGAGGACAAGCUGACGCAUAACGAGUUCAUCGGAGAGUCGCGGGUGGCCCUGCGCCGCGUGAAGCCCGACCAAACCAAGCGCUUCAACAUUUGUCUGGAACACCCACCGCCUCUUCCCUCCCCUUCUGCAAUGAGUGCGGCACUGAGAGGCAUUUCCUGCUACCUGAGAGAGUGGGAGAGUGAACAGCAGAGGAGUCUGGAGGAGAGGGGUCGUCUGCUGCUCUGCCUGCAAUUCCUCCCCACGUCCGGUGUGGUCGAUAAGGCCAAAGGGGAGGCCAAGGAGAUGGCCCACGGAGGGCUUUGUGUGGGUGUGCGACGCUGCGCCCACCUAGCCGCCAUGGACGUCAACGGAUUCUCGGACCCCUAUGUCAAAACGUACCUCAAGCCAGACCUGCAGAAGAAAUCCAAGCAUAAAACAGCCGUCAUAAAAAAGACUCUUAACCCCGAGUUUAAUGAGGAGUUCUUCUAUGAGAUCUCCUUCACGGAGCUGUCCACCAAAACCCUGGAGGUCACCGUCUGGGACUACGACCUAGGGAAAUCCAACGAUUUUAUUGGAGGCGUGUCCUUAGGCUGUCACUCACAAGGAGAAACUCUCCAGCAUUGGAUAGACUGUCUGAAGAACAAGGGCACAAAGGUGGAGCGAUGGCACACGUUGACCAAUGAGCUGCCUGGAUCCACAUUCCAUGAAUGAAAAUGGGCCAAUAAUGAUAUCUCACCACUGUACUGUUUUUGGCCAAAAUGUUUGGCUAAAAUGGGAUUAUCGAUGAAAAGGUKUUCAUCAUCGCAUGUUAUGAAGAUGUAUUCUGAAUGACUUGAACAUUUGAGUUCAGAAAGAAAUGGUAGGGGUGUGGUGUUAAUUGAGCCAAAGGGGUAAGUUAAGGCAUCCUUGUUUCUAAGAAACCAUACACAAAAUGUAUAAUUUGGCCAAAUAC